GCAUGCUCAGAGACCAGCUGGAGGGCGGAGUCCGUAGCACCAGGAGAGUGGAGAUCCUGCUCACACUCCUGACUGACAACCAACAAAUAAGAGCUGAAUUUCUGAGGACCGUGAAGAGACGUCUUCACUCGUUGCUGUCCACCCAUGAUGACAACACGCUCAAACUGUGCUCAAAUAACUGGGUCAUCAAGGAGGCGUCCAACAUUGACGCACUGCAGGAAGGAGGGACAUUCAGACACACCCUAUGGAAAAGGGUGCAGGCUGUGGUUAUUCCCUUCUUGGCCCAGCUGGUCUCUGUCAUCGACCGCGACCGCAACCUGGACAUUCUGRUGGACUCCAACUCUGGAGAGGCGGUUAAGAAACUCUGGUUGGACAUCUUUGGGAACGACAAACUACUCGAGGUUCCCUACACAAGACUGGACCUCAAUUCAGAGUCAAAGACCAUCCUGGUCCAGAACUACAUUGGGCUGGACAAGAACACGCUGCAUCAUGCCCUUCAGCUGGAGGAUCAGGGACUACCUGGAUGAACUCUGGGUCCAUGCUCUCCAGCAUGAAGGUCACACUCAGGGCCAGUUUGAGGAGUUCUUUAGGAAGACCCCACUGGGCCGCUACAUCUCAGAGGCAGACCCGGAGAUGCAGGCUGAGUUCUUCCACAGGUACCUGCAGGAUUUCAUCUCCAUGACCAUGAGUGUGACCUGUCAGGAGGAUCUGCAGCUCCUUUGCGGUGCCUUGACCUGUUGUGUGAACGAGCUGCGGCUGCGUCACGAUGACGUCAUGGGGAAGGAAGUGACCUCGCUGCCCUGGGUCCACGCUGCCUACCAUGAGUUUAAGAACCGCCUGCAGAACCUGUCCAGGAUGAUCAGCAUGGAGCCCCAGUUGGCCCAGGUCCUCCGGGGGAACACACAUGCCAGAGAGGGGGAUGAGCUGGUGCUYGACGUGUAUGCGGCCGUGGCCUCUGUAGAGUACCUGGAGCCCCAGGCUCUGGACACGGACGGCCAGCGGCUGGUCUGGCUCAGACAGGUCAAGAGGCUCCAGGUUCCCAUCGAGUUGGUCUGCUCCGAGGAGAAUCUGAGACACUAUAAGGACAGGAGCAUGGUCAUGGUCCACAGAGUUCAGACCGGGUGGAACCGCAUCGUCACCUUGUCUCUGUUUGUGGAGCACAUGUUACUGGGCAUCGAGGCGGUGGAGAAGAAGCUGAAGCCUCUGGUCUUGGAGCACACCAGAGGGUUGUGCCAGAUCCUGGAGAAGGACUCUGACCUGAAAAUGAAGAAGCCGUUUGAGGCYGUGAUCGGUAUACUGAAAGCCUGCAAAGACGGAGCAAUGGAGUGCAUUUUCAGGUUUGGCCUCCAGCCGUGCCCUGUGUGUAUGAGCGACCCCCAUGACCCCUGAGCCUGCCGUGUGACCACAUCUACUGCUGGUCUGCAUCAGACAGUGGCUGGUCCCAGGUCAGAUGUUCUGUCCUCUCUGCAUGCAGGCUGUGCCAGACGACUUCGCUCU